CCCAUGUCACAACUGACUGCGCUCAAGUAACCUUACAACUAAUAGUUAAAGUCAAUACAUCGAUAUCUUCCAUUUAAUAAAAUCAAAUAUCGAGAUAAUAAAUACGUAACAGAUCAGUAGUGACGUACUAAGAAAGUGACAUCAAAUAAUGUUCAACGAUCAUCUGUGGUAGUCAUGGAUAAAUACGUGUCUGUAUAAUUCGAUUAUGAAAUAUAUAUGAUCAUAUAUAAGAUCAAUGGGUUUAACCAUCCAUUUUUGUGAAGAAUAAGGGAACGGUAUGAAACAAGAACCAACGUUUAUGAUGAAGUUAGAACCGAGAUUGAAACAACUUGCGAUAGUUGGACUAAUUUUUGGGAGUUUAUUUUUACAAUGGAACGGUACUAAAUGUUUGACAGAAGGAGAUGAUCUGUUUGGAGACAAAUGGAUCAUAAAAAGUCUACUGGCAUCAGCAGUCAUUGAACUGGUGUUUAUUCUAGUAGCAUUUCAAACAGAGGAGUUCCGACUGAUUGUUGAAAAUUCAGAAUCGAUUACAAUUUUCUUUUUCCUUCGUGUACUAUCAAGUGCUUUGUUGAAGUAUUACAACAUUGUACAUCUUGGAGACAGAGGGACAGACAUAUAUCCAUCUCUAAUACCAAUCAUUGUACUAAUCUGUCUAGUUAUUUGUAAAGGAUCUCGAUUACAGCAUAUCACCAUGGUAACCACUGGUUUGCUGUCUUUAGGCGCAUUGUUUGUAACGCUCGGUGUAAAUAAAGAUUUCACCAUGAAAAGAAUAGAUUACUUAUCGUUUUCCUCUGUAUUUGCAACUGUGUUAAAGCUGAUAUGCCUGAAACAUUUUAAAGAUCAAAAUAUCAAGGUCACACUACGUUUGAGAGCUAUUGGUAUAUUUUUUGCCGGAACUAUUGUGAUUGUGCCGAUUCUAGAAUUCACGUAUCAUUCUAACUUGGGAACUUUUACGCUAGUGUCAUCUAUGUCUGGUUUAGCUUCUGUGACAGUGUUAUACUUAUUAUACAAUCACGUGAUAUGUACAAACACAGUUUUAGAGACAUCCGGGUAUCUCAUGAUGGGAUACCUAUUGCAUCAAAUAUUAGAAAGUGAAUCUAUAAACAUUCUUCCAGUUUUAUUUGGCACUUGUGUUUUGAUUGCGACAUAUAUCUGGCACAUGCAACAGCAAGUAGACGAUCCAAAAGCACCAUUUAAAGAUAUAUCGUCCACGAGUCAUGAGAUGUUUACCCGGAUGGAGUUUAUGAUAUUCAUGGGAGGUGUAAUAGCCGUGUUGUUUUACGUGUUACAACCACGUGUUAGUAGUAGGGAUAUAAAUAAUCUAAGUUAUGUUGGACUAGACAAGAUUGUAAGGAAACUAUUACAGAACAAAGUCAGUUGAUAAAUGUAUAGAGGGAGUUUGUUAAUUUAAACGAUUUAGUAUAUUAUUUUUGAGGGAACUUUUAUAAAUAAAACCAAGAUUUUUUCUGUUUUAUAAA